AUGACGCUUGCAGACCAAGCAGCUAAGUUGCUUGAUUUCAAUCAGAAACUUGAUAUUACUCUUCUAGAUGAAAUUGUGACAUGUAUGUACACAGAUGUAGGGGCUCAGCAACGGACAGCUCAAGAAGUAUUGACCACAUUAAAAGAACAUCCAGAUGCCUGGACUAGAGUUGACACAAUUCUUGAGUUUUCAUCAAAUCAACAGACCAAAUACUAUGCUCUACAGAUUCUUGAAACAGUUAUUAAAACUCGCUGGAAAGUUUUACCCAGACCACAAUGUGAAGGAAUCAAGAAAUAUAUUGUUGGUUUGAUUAUUAAGACUUCAUCAGAUGCAGCAGUAUUAGAAAAAGAAAAAGUUUAUUUAGCAAAAUUGAACAUGAUCUUAGUACAGAUAUUGAAGUAUGAGUGGCCAAGAAAUUGGCCGUCAUUCAUUGGAGAUAUAGUUGGAGCCAGUAAAACAAAUGAAUCUCUGUGCCAAAAUAAUAUGGCAAUUCUCAAAUUACUAAGUGAAGAGGUGUUUGAUUUCUCAAGUGGUCAAAUGACACAAGCAAAAGCUAAACAUUUAAAAGACACAAUGUGCAGUGAAUUUUCUCAAAUUUUUCAUUUGUGUCAGUUUGUUAUGGAUAAUUCACAGAAUGCACCAUUAGUUGGUUCAACAUUAGAAACCCUACUGAGAUUUCUUAAUUGGAUUCCAUUGGGAUAUAUCUUUGAAACCAAAUUAAUCAGCACUUUAAUAUACAAGUUUUUAAAUGUUCCACUAUUCCGAAAUGUAACUAUGAAAUGUCUCACUGAAAUAGCUGGUGUACAAGUAUCACAACUAUAUGAUGAACAAUUUAUUCAGUUAUUCACAUUAACCAUGAAUCAAUUAAAACAAAUGUUACCAGUUGAAACCAAUGUCAGAGAAGCAUAUCAAUCUGGAACAGAUGAUGAACAAAAUUUUAUCCAGAAUUUAAGUUUAUUUCUAUGUACAUAUUUACGUGAACACGCCCAGUUAGUGGAAAAGAAGCUUGAUCUUCAUCCACUUCUAAUGGAUGCAUUACAAUAUUUAUGUUUGAUAUCUGAAGUAGAGGAGGUUGAAAUCUUCAAAAUAUGUUUAGAAUACUGGAAUUCCUUAACAUCCGAAUUGUACAGAGAAAGUCCAUAUUCUACUAAUAAUUCUCCGUUAAUUCUUAAUAAUCAACAUGAAAUGCCAGCCAGACGCCAACUUUAUAACCCUGUUUUAUCGAAGGUCAGACGAGUUAUGAUAUCUAGAAUGGCCAAACCAGAAGAAGUUUUAGUCGUAGAAAAUGAUCAGGGAGAAGUUGUCAGAGAAUUCAUGAAAGAUACAGAUUCCAUUAAUCUCUAUAAAAACAUGAGAGAAACAUUAGUAUAUUUGACACAUUUGGACUAUUCAGAUACUGAAAAUAUCAUGACUGAAAAAUUACAUAAUCAGGUUAAUGGUACAGAAUGGUCGUGGAAAAAUCUGAAUACGUUAUGUUGGGCUAUUGGUUCUAUUAGUGGAGCAAUGCAUGAAGAUGAUGAAAAAAGAUUUCUAGUCACAGUUAUCAGGGAUUUGUUAGGUUUGUGUGAACAGAAACGUGGCAAAGACAAUAAAGCUAUCAUAGCUUCUAAUAUUAUGUAUGUUGUGGGCCAAUAUCCAAGAUUUUUAAAAGCACAUUGGAGAUUUCUGAAAACAGUUGUGAACAAAUUAUUUGAAUUCAUGCAUGAAACCCAUGAUGGUGUACAAGAUAUGGCUUGUGAUACAUUUAUAAAAAUAGCCCAGAAAUGUCGUCGACAAUUCGUACAAAUACAAGUUGGUGAAGUGAUGCCAUUUAUUGAAGACAUUUUAAAUGGUAUCAAUACAAUUAUUUGUGAUCUUCAACCACAACAGGUUCACACGUUUUAUGAAGCUGUAGGGUUAAUGAUUAGUGCCCAAACAGAACAGGCAGCUAGAGAACAUUUAAUAGAAAGAUAUAUGUUAUUACCUAAUCAAGUAUGGGAUGGUAUUAUCAAUCAAGCUACGCAGAAUGUGGAAGUGUUAAAAGAUGCAGAUGCAGUUAAAAGAUUAGGAAAUAUUUUAAAAACCAAUGUAAGAGCCUGUAAAGCCUUACAACAUCCCUAUGUAGUUCAGUUAGGAAGAAUCUAUCUGGAUAUGUUAAAUGUAUAUAAAGUCAUGAGUGAAAAUAUAAGUAGUGCUAUAGCUACUAAUGGUGAAAGUGUCACCAAACAACCUUUAAUACGCAGUAUGAGAACAGUGAAAAAAGAAACAUUAAAGUUAAUAUCUGGCUGGGUUAGUCGCUCUGCUGAUCAUCAGAUGGUAGCUGAGAAUUUCAUACCUCCAUUAUUAGAUGCUGUAUUAUUAGAUUAUCAGAGAAAUGUACCUGCUGCCAGAGAACCAGAAGUUUUAAGUACAAUGGCUACUAUAGUUGACAGACUAGAGAACCACAUAACUAAAGAUAUACCACAGAUAUUUGAUGCUGUAUUUGAAUGUACGUUAACUAUGAUCAAUAAAGACUUUGAAGAAUACCCAGAACAUAGAACCAAUUUCUUCUUAUUAUUGAAAGCUGUCAACUCACAUUGUUUCCAAGCCUUAUUGAACAUCCCUGCAGCACAGUUUAAAUUGGUUUUAGACUCUAUAAUCUGGGCGUUUAAACAUACCAUGCGAAAUGUUGCUGACACAGGAUUAGAUAUUUUAUAUUUUCUCCUUCAAAAUAUUGCUAAACAUGAUGCCCCUGCACAAAGUUUUUAUCAGACAUAUUUUACUGAGAUUCUUCAACAUUUAUUCUCUGUUGUAACUGACAGUUCACAUACAGCAGGAUUAACAACACAAGCCCAGAUAUUGGCAUAUAUGUUCAGUACAUUAGAGAGUGGUAAAAUAACCAUAGCAUUGGGCGGUGAGGGAAACAGUGCAGCUAAUAAUGUUCAAUAUAUUCAACAAUUUUUACUCAAUUUACUGAAAACUGCUUUCCCACAUCUUAAUGAACCACAGAUAGAAAUCUUCAUCAAAGGUUUAUUCAGUUUUGAUAGAGAUUUUGCUGCUUUCAAAGAACAUUUACGAGACUUCCUUGUGCAGAUCAGAGAGUUUGCUGGGGAAGAUCUUGGUGACCUGUUUUUAGAAGAACGAGAAAAUGCAAUUCAACAAGCCCAGGAAGAGAAACGUAAAUUACAGUUAUCUGUGCCUGGUAUAUUUGGACCACAUGAGCUACAAGAAGACAUGCAGGAUGAUUAGAUUGACAGCAGUUGUCUUGUGUGGAACUUUAUUACUUGGUAGUCAUAUAUAUAUAUAUGUGGACAUAUAUAAUACAAUAUGAAAGGAGAGACAGUGUGAAUGGAAUGGAAUCCAAGAAUCAAGACACGUUAGCACAAUAUGAUCAUGUAAUAAAUGUGAGCUUUCCUUCAUAUGAGCCAUGGUCACGAUUGAAUAUACCUAGAUAUGAAAAAACGACAAGCUACGUCCCAAAAAAAAGCAUCAAUAUGCUAAAUAUAAGACAUCAGCCGUGUAAUUGAUAAAAUAUUCUCCUAAAGAUACCAGAAUCUGCUUCAGAUGCACAUGCAUCUUUAGGUCCAAUAUGAGGGAAUCCAGACAAACUAUGUUAUGUACCGAGUUAUUCAAACAUUUCAUCAAUGUAUAUAGUGUUAUUAAACGUUACCUAGUUGUAGAAAUUCAUCAUGUUCAGUGCUUAAAGACUUGAUAUUGGAAUGCAUGGAACAUUGUGUAUAAUUUCACCAUUAUGCAUGUUGGACGUCCUGGUUCAGAUUGUACCAACAGGUGCUUGUUUUAGCCAAACCGUGAUUAAACUAUUGGAUGAGCAAAAGCAAGAUAUGACACAGUCAGUGUUGCGUUUGCAUUUAAUUUAAAUUGGACAUUCAUCAGAACCUAGAGUCAGUAAUUAAAAUGGCAACUCUAACUAGUGAUUUGAAGAAUCAGAUGUUAUUGAAUAUCCACUUCAAUAAAAUAUGUCAUUUGGCAUUGAAAUCUUAACACUAGUUGUUUAUUUUGAAUUGGUGAAGGUGAACUGAUGCAGACUACAGUGAAUCCAUGCAUAAAGUGAAUUUCCAGGAAGUAAGGAAAGGGACAGUGUGUAUGGAUAAAAGACAGUGAAAGAAUUGUAUAUAUUGUUUAAAGACUGUGUAAAGUGUAACAUUAUCAGUGAUAAACUGUAUUUUUUUUAUUGACAACUAGGCCAUUAAAACUGCUGUAAAGGUCUGAUUCUUUCAAUAUCUUCUAAUUGACUUAAAGCAUAUGGACAAACUGACUUGUUAUAUUCUAUUUACUGUUUCAAGAUAUUGAAAGAAUUUUGUCCUUGCUUUCUCAGUGCCCCAUUUUGGUUGAGGUAGGAAACUUCAUUAGAAGGCAAUUCAUUUGAUGUGCAUGAUUGUAAAUUUCUAAUUUGGCUCUGAUUGAUAAGUCCCACAUUCAAGUGAUCAUCUACAAUCUUAACAAAUUUCUGCGUGACUCAGAUACGUUGUCCUUUAGGUUAAAACUAGAGUAACAAACAAGCAGUGUGAUCUAGGGCUGGGUGAAAUUUUGGCAUGUUUUAAAUUAAGUAUUUCUCAACUGGUUUCUCAGUUGAAUUAUUAAAAUUAUUGAUCUGUAGUCUGUCAUCGAUAAUCAAUCUCAAUGUGGUAAUCGUUACCCAGCCCUAGUGUCAACAUAUAAAUUGAGUGAUUUCAACAUACCCCUGCCACAACUGUUGAAAUAGUUGAAUAAUAAACAAGAGAAAUAGUGGGCCUAAUUGACAAUGAAAACCAAGAUAAAAUUGUGAUUGUAUGAUGAUAGUCAAUAUAAUACUAAUAGUUCAUAUUGAACACGGCCAAACUAUAUUAUACUUCGUCUUAAUAAAGACCAAAGAGUUAUGGGCCUUUGCGCAAUAUAUUCAAAUGUUAUUUUUCCCUAUGUGGAAUUAAAAUUAUGUUUUUGUUAUCAUUUUACAUGGAAUAUUUAUUUCAUCUUCCAUUCAUGAGUUUUUUAAAUACAACUAUUUUGUUUUCUGUGUUGAGAAUUUGUAUGUUUCAGGCAUUAUGCAUCACCAUUGUUAUUUUGGACUUAUCAAUGCAAUUUAAUCAAAAUAUACUAAGUGCCGGUUUCAUUCAUUUCAUGUUCAUGGACAAAAAUGGUUAACAGUCUACAAAAACCCCUUCAGUUUGCAAAUGGACUCUUUCUACACAUAUACAUCAUUGAUUUUAAGAAUACAUGUAUGGAAGCGUUCAAAAGAAGUAGCGGGUUGUCAAGUGAAGACUGACAAACUAUUUUUACCCAUGGACUAAAAAAAAAUUCAUAAGAGUUGUUUAAAAAUACAAAACAUUUUGGAUUGAUGGAAUCAUCCUAUGUAGUAAUAAUUCAGUUGAAAGUUUUCAGAAUAUUAUUCAUUCUUUCAAUAUUUAAAUAACUAUUUUGCCAAUGGAUAUAUAAUGUUUGACAAUAUUUUGUUAAUUUUAAUAAUAAAACAAUCAUAAAACAAUCAUGGAACAGUCAUGUACAAUUAAAAAGAUUGAUAAUUUUCAUGUAUAUUUUUAAGCUUGAUUUGAAAUUGAAAAUAGAUUGCUAUUGAUAUUAACGGAAUCUCAAACAGGAUUUUUAUUAAUCUGAUUUUGGACAUCAAUUUAUCAUCGAAUUUCAAUUAACAUAUAAUUUAGUUUAAUUUAGCCCUGACUCUUUGACGUUAUUGUAUCAAAACAGGACUGGCUUGUGGCCAGCCAUGACAAGCAUGCUAAGAUUGCUAAGACUUAUAAAUUAAAAGUAAAAGGUAAGCAUACCUUGCCUUAGUACACCAUAUUAUUUUGACUAUUUUAUUGAAUACAAUAUAUCUAGAAUUGUGUAUCUAUAUUUUGUGCUUUGAUUGUAUUUUUACUCUUUGCUAGUUUUUGACUUGGAUAUUGUGGGAGCAAAACAAUGUAUGUUGCUUUGCUUAUUUUGAAUUAGGAUGGGUUCAGAUUUGUGCAGUUUGCUACUUAGAUUCUUGUGAUUUGCUUAUUAUCUCAAAUGACUAUUUCAUGUUUAAGCAUGUGAUCAGGAGGUGACUGAUAAAGGCAUUCCUUAAAUUUAGUAGGACAAAUUGCAUAGAUGUGAACCUGCCCUAAUUUUUGGACAUUUUCCUUUCAGUUCUAUACUGAAUAAGUUCCUUGACCUGAAGUUCUACAGUACCUAAUUAUGUUUUCAUGUUAUUUUAAUUACCAAAUAUGGUAUGUGGUCAUUUCUGUAUGGAAACCCAUAUUUGAAAAUAAAUAUUUGAAAGUUCAA